AUUUUGAAAAAAUGGCCGCCAUUUUGGAGUAAAAUGAUAGUCGCUACUGCGACACUGGAUUUAGGCAUAGUUUAGUUUGGCAGCCAAUUUACAUUGACACUUAUUUUUGCCAGGUUUGUGACUUAAUGUUACUGAUUCUUUAUAUUGACGAUGGAGAAAGUACGAAGAAUAUUGGUGCAUUUAUCUAAAGAGAGCGCAGCCCCACACUGUGCCCAGUUUGUUCAGAGUAUUACUGGACAUUUUGUGGGACGUGCUGAUGACCACACUACUGUGAACUGCUCCCUGGAAAACAACCGAUUUAUCCUGUGCGAGGGAACACAGGAGAGGGGAGUGCCUCUUAAGAGGGCGCCGUUCUGCCCAAUCAAAUUGCUCUCUACCUCAGAGGCGGAGUCGAUUCCUCAAGACACGCUCCAGAGAGGGGUGGAUGUGGGCGUGGCCAUUCUGCUCCAGUCAGCCAAUCAGAGGCUGUUGCUGACCAGGCGAGCUCAUGCCCUGAGGAUUUUUCCCAAUGUGUGGGUCCCACCUGGUGAGGAUGUUGUUGCUGAGACUGCAGACUGUUGUUUUUGUUUGUUUGUUUUUUUAAUUCCUAAGAGUAUUACUAAACUGCAGUUUUAGGACAUAACAAAUUAAAUGCCCUGUUUG